AUCCCACUUUAGAGUUCAAUGAGAUAUUAUCACAAAUAAACAAACAAAGGCAACACUGACACAGUGACACAAAUUGAGAAACAAAUGGCCGUGAAAAUGCACCUUAGUUUCUUCAUCUUCGCCACGAUUGGCAGCAUGCAAUUGGUAUCUGUGAGUUCCACAACUCAUAUUGUGGGAGACAAUUUGGGUUGGAAUGUGCCCAACAGCCCAACGUUCUACAAGGAAUGGGCCCAAAACAGAACCUUCGUUGUUGGUGACGUUCUUCUUUUCCAGUACAACCCGGGACUGAACACGGUGAUUCUUGUAGAAAAAAGCGAUUACGACAGUUGCACAACCAAAAAAAUCCUCCACACGUAUUUCAGAGGGAACUCGAGUGUUACUUUGGAUAGGGUUGGGGACUAUUAUUUCUUCUCUUCCGUUGGAAUGCAUUGCGAGUUUGGCCAAAAGCUCCAUGUUGAUGUUGUUGCUCCAUCAACCAUAUCCUCUCAUUAAUUUCAUCUCUUCAUUUCCUCCAACUUUAACUGCACCCUACAAUAAUAGUCUUCACCUCUUGUAUUUAUAGGAUUGUGGCCACAAAUUAAUGUUUCCAUUUGUUUAUGUUCUGUAUAUUUGCUACAAUGCUUUUUCACCAUUUUCGUUGCACUUAUUUAAAAAUAUACAUGUUAUAACUUGUUAAUUAAUUUGUUUA